AUGGCUCCAGGCUCUCAGAGAUUCUCUCUCACCUUUCUCCAGGGCGUGGGAUCUGUCUUCUUCAUACUUCAGAUCAUCUCUGUUAAGGCUGAUGGGAAAGUGUUUGCAAUUGAGUCCAAGAACAACUCUCAGGGUCUGGAUUUAGCCGGAGCUGAGAAAGCUUGUGUUGACCUGAGUGCUCGCUUAGCAACUGCAGAAGAACUGAAAAGGGCUGUUCUGGACUGUUCUUUUGCUGGCUGCACCACAGGAUGGCUCGCCAGUGGCUCUGCUGGGACAAUUAUAUGCAGAAAGACGGGCAGCAAACAGCAGAGCGUGAAAGCCAUUGAUGUUAAAAUUGAAACCGAUCCCUUUGUGAAUGACCAAUAUGAUGCUUUUUGUGUAAAGGAUGAAGACAAGCCCUGUGGGGACCCGCCGUCCUUCCCCCACACCAUCCUGCACGGCCACACUGGCUUUGAGAUGGGGGACGAGCUGCUGUACGUCUGUGCCCAGGGGUACGUCAUGGGCAACAAGGAGACGGCGUUCACGCUGCUCUGCGACAGCUGCGGGGAGUGGUACGGGCACGUCCAGGCCUGUGUCAAAGAUGAAACUGAGGCACACAUUGACUAUGAAGAUAACUUUCCCGAUGACAGAUCAAUACCUAUUGCUGAGAAUGACCAUGGCAAUGGCAAAGAAGAAAUUGAACAGGAGCAAAUACAGCUUUCCUUCAGUAAAAGUUCAGAGGAAGGAAGAACUGGAAGUACCAAAGGGGUUACUCAGCACACAGACAUUUCUGAAAAAGGAAGCAGGGCACCAACUGAGUCCCCCGUGUCACUCUUAAGCCAAAAAAACUUGUUUUGGUUUCAAUCAGAAAGUUUCAGUGAGCCUGAAUCAGAGAAAGAGACAGAUGAUUCCACUAAAGCACAGUUUUCUGAAGGUGAUAACCACAUUGGAGGGAAGACAGCCUAUGGUGUACCUGGUGCCAAAAUAUUUUAUGACAGUGAGGAUUUCCCCAUUGGACCCAUUCUCACAACUAAUGAUACAAAGACAGCGAUGGAUGCAGUUGCCAUCACUGAUGAGUCGUGGUUAGAUGGAUAUCCAGUAACACAAGAGGUGGUAGAAGAUGAUGAAGAGGGUGAUAAAGUUGAUGGUUCAAUGGGAACAGAAGAUGACAUCAUCCUCACAACUGAUCAACCAAAUCACGUGGAAGUAAGAAAAUCAGGAAAUGGCAGCCCAGCUCUGGAAGAGAGCCUAACACAGAUUGUGGCAGCAACAACAGGGGUGGAUGAUGAAGGGGCUAAAGAGACACCGGCACCACUUACAUCAGUGAGUGGUCUGGAGAACUUUAGUGUGAGCAGGGGUUAUGAUGAUGCUGUGUGGGAACAUCCAGCUACAUCUCUGGAAACUGUGACUCAGGAGCCCACUACAACGAUGCUGUUUGACAUAACCAGCUCAAAAACAUCCAUGUCAGAAACCUCUGUGACCGUCAGCCCCUACACUCCAUACACAGAACCAAGAGACACAACCACCUACACAGAACAAGUAGCAACCACUGCACCAGAAAUCAUUACUGACACAGUGUCCCAGGAUUUAGCAGAGCAAGAAAGUCUCACUCAGGGCCUUGGAGAAAAGCCCAUCCCCACUUCUGAGCCAUGUGAGGGAGAGGAUUGUCCCAAGUCCAGUAAAGGUGCUAUCAUAGCAAUAAUAGUGAUUCUUCUUUGCUUGUUACUGGUUGCAGCUGUUCUGGCAGUAUGGUUUUUCAAAAAACGGCAGCAGAAAAAUUCUGUCUAUAAACUAAAUGGAAGGUGUCAGCCCAGACAUCACUGUUACCACCACUACCACCACCAGCACAUUGAAAUGCAGAAAGUCUAA